CGCGAUCAGAAGGCUGACCAAGAUCGCCUGGAUUUGGAGGAGAGGAAGAAAGUUCCCCGAGGACUGAAGCGAAAAUCAAACAGAAAUUGCGUGAAAUAGAAGAAAACCAAAAGAGAAUCGAAAAAAUUUGGAGGGAAUAUAUCGCCACCAGCAAGCAAUCCUUGGAGGAGCAGAAGAACCUCGAGGAGACAUUGACCGAGGAGGUGGAAAUGGCGAAGAGGAGAAUCGAUGAAAUCAACAAGGAGUUGAACCAAGUGAUGGAACAGCUGGGGGACGCCAGGAUCGAUCGCCAAGAGAGCAGCCGACAGCAACGCAAAGCUGAAAUCAUGGAGAGCAUCAAGAGG